CUUUGCGGAAGCGCAGGGAUUCUAACUGUCCGUCUGGUACGGAUAUGUCGUCACUGAGUCCCGAUGAGAUGUUAAGAAACAUUCCUAGCCCUGAAAGUUCACCUGGGAGCAAGAGACAGCUGAGUUGUGGCAGCCAACCGUGGAUGGAUGAUAUGAUGGGCCAAAUGAUCAGUGGUGAAACUGUGUCACCGGUAUACUUUGGCGAAGGCUUCUUUGGUGCUACUCCCCAAGGUAGUGAGGAGGACACGAGCAUGUCGUUCGGGGUUCAUGAUGACGACGAAGAUGAGCAAUCCCAGGAAUUAAAGAGAGCCCUCUUCCCGGAAUGUGAAAUGCCUGACAGCUUUAGCCCGACUCCAGGAUAUCUGUUGACUCCCGGAGGAUCGUUGUCAUGGAUGGAUGGUACAACUCUCAGCCACCAGAGCUCUAUAAAGGGAACAACGAUGGAUAUGGAUGUUUCAGAGUCUCUGCUGUACCAAGUUUCAAUUGACCUGUCAUGCACAGCCGACCAAUUGAGCAAUAUCAUGACUCGACUAGCUAGUACCGGGUCAGCUGUAAAUGUCAAGAUCGACACAUGUUAGACUCAUUAGAGGAAUGAAUGAGACCGUAUAUUUUAGGUUUAGUUGACAUGCACUCCCAGAUGGUGGGAGAUUAGGGAA